ACUCUCGCUUCCUUCCUCCUGGUGCCAUUUUGAGGACGGAAGUCGCGAUGCCGUCCGUGUGCUGCGCCGUCGGCUGCAAGAACAACAAGUCUCAGAAGAACGGGAUCAUCUUCUACAACAUCCCCAAAGACCCGGAGCGGCGCCGGAGAUGGAUCAGCGCCAUCGCCCGCGAAAACUGGAGCCCCAACGGCAACACGCGCCUCUGCAGCCAGCACUUUGUGUCAGGCAAGAAAAGUGAAAACCAGUACGACCCGGAUUACGUCCCGAGCCUGUUCCCCUGUCAGACUUCGGAGCAGCAGCAGAAAAUCGUCAACAGCUUCGAGCGAUUCCGGAGACAGUGGGCCAAACGGAAAAGGCCGGAAUAUACGGAAAAUGUAAACAAUAAUAUUGAGCAUAACUACUGCAAACCCCCACCAAAAACUGUAAGCAAGGGUGCCAUAACCAAAAUCUUCAUGCCAAAAUAAACAAAGUCAGUUUUUUCGUCGCUCUGGCUUCCUGUCACGUGACCUAAAGAAGCGUGGAUAACUUUGAUAUCAGCUUUUUACUGUUUUUGGUGAUUUAUUUCCGAUCAAAAUGACAAUGGAGGGGUGGUCGAUAUUGACAGAAGAGAUGUGAAGUUUUUUCUUUUCUUUUUUACAGAAGACAAUUUUCAAAUGCUGUUGGCAAUCUAACAAAAAUGUGCUAAAAUGUGCCUUUAAAUGUAGUUAGUAUAGAGGCUUUGCACCAUCACGUGUCCCCAUGGCAACGGUACCUACGCUGCC